AUGGUUGUGAAGUUUGUUUAUGGUCAUGGAAUUAUAAUUUCUUUGAUGAGAAAAUAUACAAACGGUAAAGAAAUUCUCCGUCCCUCUGUUACUCGCUUUGCUACUUCAUUUCUCACUCUUCAGAGUAUGUAUAAGGUUAAAAAGCCACUUGAACAAAUGUUUGCUUCCGAAGAUUGGGUUAGUUCACCACUAUCUCAAACAACUCAGGGGAAGGUCGUGAAGAGAAUUGUUAUUAAUGAUCUCAACUUUUGGCCACAUGUUACAUUUUGUGUUAAGAGUGUUGUUCCUCUUUUGCCUAUGAUUGAGGGCAUUGCGGAAUAUGGAAGAGGGUUGAAGCCUCCUUCAAUGCAUGAUUUAAGAACUUGGAUACUUAAAGCUGGGGUUAAUGACAUCAACCUAUUAUAUGAGGAGCAUAAAAAAGCAUGGAAUAAAUAUGGAUGCACUAUUAUGUCCGAUGGUUGGACGGAUGGAAAGAAUAGAAGUUUGAUUAAUUUUUUGAUAAAUAGUUCCGCCGACACUUUCUUUUUGAAAUCUAUUGAUGCAUCAACUUCUUUUAAAAAUGGGCAAUUGAUCUUUAAAUAUCUUGAUGAUGUUAUUGAUGAGGUGGGAGAGGUAAAUGUAAUUCAAAUUGUCACGGAUAAUGCUUCGAAUUGCAUUAAGGCGAGGAGAAACAUUAUGGAGACUAGACAUAGAAUUUGGUGGACACCUUGUGCGGCGCAUUGCAUUAAUCUAAAGUUGGAGGAUAUUGCAAAGUUGAUUUUUUCUGACACAAUUGAGCAAGCUAAGAUGGUUGUGAAGUUUCUUUAUGAUCAUGGAACUCUACUUUCUUUGUUGAGAAAGUAUACAAACGGUAAAGAAAUUCUCCGUCCCUCUGUUACUCGCUUUGCUAUUUCAUUUCUCACUCUUCAGAGUAUGUAUAAGGUUAAAAGGCCACUUGAACAAAUGUUUGCUUCCGUUGAUUUGGUUAGUUCAACACUAUCUCAAACAACUCAGGGGAAAGUCGUGAAGAGAAAUUGUUAUUAA